CUUCGGGUUUGUCCGGUUACCUUCGCUACGUCAUCUGCGUAGAUGCGGAAACCAAACCGCUGCUGGAAGCUAGUCCAUCAGGUUGUUGUGUCUAUCAGCUCUCCUCUUAGCCAAGAUGUUGAAAGCUGUUAUUUUAAUCGGGGGGCCACAAAAAGGCACCAGGUUCAGACCAUUAUCGUUUGAAGUUCCUAAACCUUUGUUUCCUGUGGCUGGUGUUCCCAUGCUGCAGCAUCACAUCGAAGCAUGUGUCAAGGUGCCAAACAUGAAGGAGAUUUUGAUCAUCGGUUUUUAUCAGCCAAACGAAGAGCUGAACAGAUUUCUGUUUAACUCUCAGCAGGAGUUCAAAAUCCCCAUCAGGUAUUUACAGGAGUAUGCAGCCCUGGGCACAGGAGGGGGCAUCUAUCACUUCAGAGAUCAGAUUCUCUCUGGCAAUCCUGAAGCUUUCUUUGUAAUGAAUGCUGAUGUUUGUUCAGCGUUCCCUCUGGCAGAGAUGCUCAUCUUCCAGAAGGAACACGGAGAACCGAACAGCUUUGUUAUCCUCGGGACAACGGCAAACAGGAAGCAGUCGUUGAAUUAUGGCUGCCUUGUGGAAAACGAGAACACAAAUGAGGUGUUGCAUUAUGUGGAAAAGCCCAGUACGUUUGUGAGUGACAUCAUUAACUGCGGUAUAUACCUCUUUAACCCGGAGAUCUUCCAGCACAUUGGCACCGUCUUUCAGAAGAACCAGCAGGACAUGCUGCUCUAUCCCUACGAUGGAGAGGAGCCAACCAACGGCUGGCACCGUGCAGAGGUCAUCAGGCUGGAGCAGGAUAUUUUCACUGCCCUGGCAGGACAGGGCAAGCUCUACGUGUACAAAACCCUCAGCUUCUGGAGCCAGAUUAAAUCUGCAGGGUCCGCAAUUUAUGCCAGUCGACUGUACCUAAAUCAAUAUCACACCACACAUCCUGAGAGACUGGCCUCAAAUAAGCAGGGCGGACCCAACAUAAGUGGAAACGUUUAUAUUCAUCCAACAGCCAGUAUUGAUCCCACUGCCACGUUGGGCCCAAAUGUCUCAAUCGGCACUGGUGUGACUAUCGGUGCAGGGGUCAGAGUUCGGGAAUCCAUCAUCCUCCAUGGUGCAAAUCUGCAGGAUCACUGCUGUGUCUUGAACAGCAUCGUCGGAUGGGAGAGCACCAUCGGCAAGUGGGCAAGAGUGGAAGGAACUCCGAGUGACCCGAAUCCAAACGAUCCGUUUGCAAAGAUCGACAGUGAGACGCUUUUCCGAGACGGAAAACUGACGCCGUCUAUUACCAUUCUAGGUUGUAACGUCACCAUCCCCUCAGAGGUGAUCGUACUGAACUCCAUCGUUCUUCCACACAAAGACCUGAACCGCAGCUUCAAAAACCAGAUCAUCCUCUAACGACGGAGGAUGCCCCUGGAACUGACUUCCACUUACAGUACAUGAGAUGUCAAAAGAGAUUAUAAAUAUUAAGCCUUCAUUAAAUUUGUUUUGAAAGGUAAAUGUUCUGUAUGUCCUCAGGCCUUGAUGCAACAUUGGGUAUCAUGAAUGUUAGAAUGAAGGCCACCAUGCAUGAUGGUUCACUUUGAGAAAGGCCGUCAUGCCAGAAGUUUCUCUUGGUUUUUUACCCACUGACUGUAGAAUGACUUCACACACACGAGUGUUUACAGACUCUGUUUUACAAGGUCAUGCUGUCGAUCUCGACUUGUUACUUAAACACGAGUGUUGAAAUGAUCAGAAAAUAAAAAAUCACGGGCGUCCGACCACUGUUAAUAUUCAGCCGUGAUCGUUUCUGCAGAGCUUUGAUUGAAAGCUUUUAGUAGCCUCAUUGUUAGUCUCAUAAAAUGACUACCAUCAAAAUAAAUCAGCAGGAUCAAGAUUUACUCUGCAAUCAAGCAAUGUUGCCUUUUUAAAAACUUAUUCAACCCCCCACCUCCCAAGGACCUGCAUACCUAAAUUGUGCAUUCGCAAUCACUGGAUGAGCUGUUUCCUUUUAUUUAUACAGCUUCUUAACAUUUACUUGUUAAGCCCUCAGGCACUCAUGAUCACUUUGGUUCUUUUGUUCAAAUUAGUGCAACAAGUGUUUAUUAAGAAGUGAUUUUAAUUGUAAUACUGGAACAGCUUCAUUCCAUGUUUUAUUCAUACCUAUUUGCAUGUUAAUGUACAUUUUUAUGUGCAACUUGUCUGAAGUUUGAGGAUUUAAUGCCUCGUCUCGGUCUGCAGGCGCUAAUUCCAGCUUUUUGUCUCUAAUUUUCACGUGAAAUCCUGAGAGGCGCUGGAAGAAGUCAUUGGAUCAAAUGGGCCUUCCACUUCUGUAACAGUGCUAUAGAGAUGUAAAUAUGCGGUACUAUUAACGGAAGAUCUUAUCAAAUGUUGCUGAAAGCUUGUCGAGGUGUAAUUAGUGUUUAUUUAGAAAGUUCUUGAACACACAGAACAGUGAAAUCAUUAAGUAAAAAGUUGGGGUUUUCUGCAGAAGAUAUGUAUUAGGGAUUAGCCGGGUACUCGUUUCAGACGAGUAUCCGGUACAGAUAAAGCAUUUUUGACGAAUACGAGCAUGAAACGAGUAAAACUAGUAAAUAUCUGUAAUCGUGCUGAAGGAAAAUCCUCAUUGGGUAACUGACUGUCUUCACGCUCUGUGAUUGGCCAGUCACAUAGACCCUAGGUUUUCUUCAGCUCGCCUCUUUUUCGGUUGAAUAUUUAAAGUUACUUUUUUCGUAACUUACAUGGUGCAUUUGACAAGACAGAGCUGACGUGCUGCUCAGUCACUAACUCCGCUCCAGUCGGGUUUUUUAUUUUUUUAACUCCAUCUCUCUCCCUCUCACACACACACACACACACACACACACACACACACACACACACACACACACACCUUAAUCAACAUUGUUUUGUUUAACUUUGUGGGAAAAUGCCAAGAACGUUAAGAAAAAAAUCAGUUCAAUCAAAUUAAAAUUAAAAAAUAUAUAUAAAGUUGUGUCUGGUUCUAGCAUUUCAUAUUUCCUAGUUCCUACUGCAUGAGUUCAGAUGUAUUAAUUCAUGCACUUAAAUAUUAAUGUUCUAAUUUAAUUGAAACACUUGUUCUGUAAUAGUUUCUUAACUAUUGUGAUCAAAAAUAUUUAAUCUCAAUUCUGAGGCUGCUCUGUAAAUAGUUUUCAAAUAAACAAUACACAUAUCAACUUCUGAUCAAUCCUUAUCAAUUUCAGACUUAAAAUAAUAUAUUGAUGUAAACCACACCCACUUCCAGUUAAACCACGCCCAUUCCGAGUACAGAUACAGAUAAUUUAGUUGGUUGAACAGAUGCGGAUACAGAUAGUGGUGUACUCGCUCAUCCCUAAAAUGUAUAAACUGUCAACCAGAUACAUCACAUCGUAGACCCGCCAGAAAAGGUGCACUCCCUCUGCUGUCCUGGCGGAGAAUUGCUCUGCGAGAGAGAGAGCUGAGGGGGUGGGGGGGGAUAAUCAGUAUCAGUGCUCCGCUUCCCCCUUCUCUCAGUCGUAGAUCUGAUCCAUUUGCAUUCUCCACAACUCUUUUCAUAAUAGUAUUUGGUGAUUUGAUUCCUCAGGCCGGCAUUUGGGGGCUCAUCCUUGCUACACCACUGAGUCACUAAGUGUGUGUCAGUUCAAAUUCGCUCACAAACUAUAAACGAUAUUGUUGUGAUUUGAAGUUUGUAUAUUUAUAUACUGUAAUUAGAUAAUUUAAUUACCUGAUUUUGUAUAUUUAUACAAUCUAAGUAAUCAAUCAGAAGAGGUUGUUUUUAUCAUCAGGGAGUUUACUUCAACACUUUGUAUUGACUGAGAGACAAGAAAGAGAGAGAGUUGGGAUCAUUUAUGAAUCUUUAAUUUCUAUAAUUAUAAAUUCUUACAAUCUACCAGGACUAUCUCAAUGAUGGAUGCAUAUGGAUGUAGAUGUUUCGUGUUGGUGUGUGUGUGUGUGUGUGUGUGUGUGUGUGUGUUUUGUUCAGAAUCUCUAGGCUGACGUAGCGAGUCUGGUUUGUUAUGACUAGGCUACCACGAGGCUUCAGAAGCUGAUGACAUGAGCCGCCAUAUUGCCGUACCUUAGAUGGAGUCUCCCGUGUAGAUCAGGAAUUGCCAGGUUCCAAGACCUCGGUUGUACUGGAGCUGGUUGAAACAGCGAUCACAGCACACAACGCCCGUCUGAGGAUAACUCCGUUAGUGGUUGGCAGGCGUCAGCAAGUUCACUCUUAUUUUGAAAUACAAACGUUGGUAAAAACGACGGAAAUCUCCAGCUUGACAGAUCUCAGCUUAAAAUAGGAAAUACAGAUGGCCAGCCUGUAUUCCUCUUUGCGGUGAAGUGGUUGAGAGCUGGUUGAAAACAAUGUUGAGAGUAUGAUGUAACUCUUUGGAGCUCGGAUCGAGCAGAGCUGAUGUCAACGUGGAACUGAACUUAAAAUUGCAUUGCCUUCUUUUUAUAUCUAUUAAGAAUCUUAGUAAACCGGAUUGGACUACUUUCAUAAACAAACCAGAUUCUGCCCUACGACAGACGAAAGUUCCGAUUGGUUGAAAACAAUGUGUCAUGCGUUUCCAUGUUAAUGCAUAUCAGUGUGUCUGGUGCUGCCCUGUUUAUUCAUUUAAACACAUAACUCAUGACAUCUUUAUUUCACAGAUCAUUCACCUGACUAUUAAUGAUCAACAAAUGCUUUGAUUAGCUUAUCACAAAUAAAGUACUUUGAUUAAUCCAUGAAAA